AUGAAUUUAAUUUCUUUCAAUGUUAGAGGCUGUUGUAGUUCCAUCAAGAGAAGGAGAUUAACUCAAAUUAUUCAGAGAGGAAAUGCCGAUAUUUUCCUUAUUCAGGAAACCAAGGUUAUCAAGAUGGAGGAUGGUAUAGUUUUCAGCAUGUGGAGGAAUUUUGAUUUGGAUUGGUCAGCUCAGAACUCCGUUGGGAACUCUGGUGGAAUUCUAACCAUGUGGAAUACUGUCAGAAUCUCUGCUUGUUUUAGUUUAAUGGGAAAGGAUUCUUAG